AUGAUGAAGAUCUUUCAGUGGAUACCCUGUCGAAGUACACCAUAUUCGCUCAUUUUCUGUCAAUAUUUCAGAGAUGUAAUAAAGAUCAUCUUCGCAAUGUACCCGACUGAGGCACCUCCGAUCAUUCUUGUUGGUCAUAGCAUGGGUGGUGCUGUUGCUGUCCACGUGGCUCACAAGCGUACAAUCCCUUCUUUAGCUGGUCUGGUGGUCAUUGAUGUAGUGGAAGGUUCCGCGUUAAACUCCCUUCAGGGCAUGACUGCCUUCCUAAGAAGUCGACCUCAAUCUUUCUAUUCUCUAUCACAAGCUAUCGAAUGGAGUGUGCGCAGUUCGCAGCUACGGAAUCUCCAAUCAGCUCGUGUGUCUUUCCCCGGUCAGUUGAAACGCAUCGAAACUGGCGAAACAGCGACUCGUGAACUGGAAUCCGGCGUGGCCCUCAUUUGCUCUCGUCCGUCAUCUGACACAAAUCCACCAAUCGGCAAAUCCAAGUCCAGAGACUUGCAUCGACUUCCAGGAAUGGCCGAAGACGAGGCUGCCGAGGACGAAGAUGAAGAAGCCGCAAAAGAAGAUACGAAUCACGCAUCAGCAGAGAAUUCGCAUUCUUCACAUCCAAACGAGUCGUCACAAACCCCGGCCAAUGCAACUUCGUCAAGUCGCGUGAAACACGCUGCUCCCGGUGCCACAAACAAGCCCCAGUACACAUGGCGUAUUGAUCUGAUGCGCACGCAACAAUUCUGGCACGAAUGGUUUGCCGGUUUGUCCUCUUUGUUUCUGUCUAUCCCGGAACCGAAGCUCUUGCUAUUGGCCGGUGUCGAUCGACUUGAUAAAGAACUCACAAUCGGUCAGAUGCAAGGUAAAUUUCAAGUUCGCGUUUUUCCCAAAUCCGGUCACGCGGUACAAGAGGACGCCCCGGAAUUGGUUGCCGAGUGUUUGGCUCGAUUCCUCGUUCGGAAUCGAUUUACAGAGGCCCGAUCGAACUGUGAUCCGAUUUGCGAUAAUACUCCACCACCAUGUGAUAUCGCUCAGCACACUGCCGCCGUUCCUCCUGUUCAAAUCGUAACUUAGACGGGGGCAGGCGUAUUUGGCUGUCAACUGCGAGGUGCCGCAGUUCCCCAUGAUCACUCGUGGAUUGGGUGUUGGAACGUUUAUUUGCCUGAUCGUCGAUUCGCACGAUCCCAACCAGAUCGAUUAAAACCAUCUUCAGAGUUUGGUUCUAGUACCGAUCAGCUUCCUGGAGGGAUUCAAGCCCUUUUUCGCUGGUGGCGUCGCUUGCGGCCGUUCAAAACCGAGUGGAUUGAUUUGCUUCGACGCAUUGAACGAAACAAGGAAGGAUUCGAU